AGGAUAGUUCUCAUUCUUUCUUUUGCCAGACAUGCGUUCGUUUAUUGGUGUACCUCUUAUUUCCUUGGGCUGGAAGACAGUGAAACAACCAGUAUAUGUUGUAGAUGUAUCAAAAGGAAUUAUUAAUGCAGUUAAGGAUCCAGAUGCCAAAGGGAAAACCUUUGCUUUCGUUGGGCCAAAUCGGUACCUCCUCUUUGACCUGGUGCAGUAUAUCUUUGCCAUGGCUCACAGGCCCUUCCUCCCAUACCCCUUGCCACGUUUUGCCUAUCGAUUAGUAGCAAGAGUCUUUGAAAUGAGCCCAUUCGAGCCCUGGACAACAAGGGAUAAAGUGGAGCGGAUUCACAUCACAGACAUGAUACUGCCUCACCUGCCCGGCUUAGAAGACCUUGGUAUUCAGGUAACACCGCUGGAACUCAAGGCCAUUGAGGUGCUGCGGCGUCAUCGCACUUACCGCUGGCUG